AUGUACGGUUCUUACAUCAUAGUUCCAGUCUUGAUUCUUGUGUCUCAAUCAUUGGCAUCGACAGUAGAGACACACCUCACCACUGCAGGACCAAGCCUGGCAGCCCUUCGACAAGACCAUCUCCGGCACCACAAGAACGCCCCCCUCAAUCCGAGACGGGAAGCACGUUACAAGAGAGACGAUGGGGACAAUCUCAUCGGAUACUUCAUCGAAGACGGCGAAAUUAGUGAGUAUCGAUGCCAAAACACCGAUCUCUGGCUAGGAGACACGAGCGUCCCCGGGCGUAGGAGCACAUAUGCCCAUUGCUCAGGCAGAAGUGCUAUCCCUGGCGAUUCACCACCCAUCGGAACAACCUGCUCGGGCAAUGCUGUCUUCUGGGCGAACAUGGAUGGAAGGACGCUAGCUGGCAGUAGCUCCCGUGGAAAGUACUCUUGCAUCACUGUGACGGUGUACGACUCUUACGACGACGGCUCCGGAUCAGGACCUCAGUAUUGGAUUGACUGCGAGGAGAACCUUCGGCCCCCGCGAAAUAUCAGAGAGUUUUACAGGACCAUGCCAGAGCAGUCGAUUUCAUCCACCACAGAGCUCAACGCCGCUGGUACAACAGACCCCUCCUUCCCACCCAGCACGGCACCGGGAAUUGCGUCUGUAAAUUCCUCGCAAGCCACUUCUGAAACCGCCUCCGGAAGCACGAGAGCCGCAACAGACACAACCAAGCCAUCGAGUGGCAAGGGUCUGGGCGGUGGGGCUAUCGCUGGCAUCGCUCUAGGAUCAUUCUUUGGAGGUGUUCUCUUGACCAGCAGCAUCGCCGUCCUCCUGAUGAGAAGACAAGUCAGCGUGGCGAGUCAAUCGGGGAACGGGAUGGAGACGGUGGGCGGCUCCCAGAUGGAACUGGUGGAUCGUGGGGGGUAUAGGGGAUAA